CAUCGCGCCCCGCGGUCCCCGCCCGGCGGCCUGCCGCGCGGAGCUGGGCGCGGUGCACGCUGGGGCGCGUGGUUCCCGCGAACGGCACCUGUAACUGAAAACAGUUGGUCAGCGGCCGCCCCAGGCGCCACCGCGGCGGCGCGAGUCCGCGGCCGUUAGUGACAGGGUGGGGAGCGAUGGUGCCGCUGCGGGCGUUGUUCCUGCUGCUCCUGCUGCGGCCGGAGACAGACUGCGCCCUGUGGAGGGAUAGAACUGCGGAAGAAAACUAUGAACUCUUUACCUCCAGGAAAGAUACCUUUGAGGAUGAAGAGCAUUGUUUGCGUGAUUCUGAUCCUUCUAAUUGUUUCACGUGCUAUUCAACAGUAGCUUCAGAAAUGGAAAGUGCAGAUCAACUCUUCUUAAAUGAGCACCAGUUAAUUUUGUGGAUAUAUGAUCCCGAAAGUGCAGAUGCCUCUGAAUUGAAUCACACUGCAGUUUUUCCAUCAGAAAGUUCUCAGAUAGUCAGCAAGAUGUUACAGAUCUGGGGACAGAAACCUGUUGUUCAGACCUAUUUCAAGCAAAAAACAUACCACUGUCAGAGGCUUCCAAAAUCCGGCACUUGUUAUAAAACAGAAGCCAGACAUGUUUUUAAAGUUGGAGCAGAACACAAGCUUCCUGAGAGUGAAAUACUUCGAAUGCAUUCAAGAUAUUGGAGUUCAUCUGUUUAUCCAGUGCAGAGUGGAAAACAAUUAAGUACUUGGGCAGCAGGGAUGUCUACUGAGCUGUAUGUUGGAUACAAUGAAGCAUUUAAUAAAAUAGCAGAUACUGCAAGCUUAGUGAAGAUCGUCAGUUUUCCAAACACUGCUUCUUUAACUGUUAGCUGUGACUCAGUCCCAUGCGAAGUGACAAUGUUACUUAUUUGCAACGCCUGCAGCUCCUCCAGACUAUUUUUUCUGGCAUUUUAUAAUGAAGGCAGACAACUUUGGGGCUUAGGAGAUUUUUGCUUACCUGUUCCUCACAGUUCUGCUAUGAGGAUGAUAUACAUAAAUUCAGCAUUAUCUUCUGGACUGCUGUGGGAGGAUGUGUUUGCUACACCUAUAAAAACAGCACGGAUAAUGGAUAUCUUCCUGUGUCUGGAUCAACACUACCAGAAAUGUCUGAUGGGAGCACUAUCCACCAGAUUAUUCUCGGAAUUUACAUUUUCUCAUCAAACUGACAAUAUUUUAGAAUCCAAUUAUACACAGGCAUUAGAACUGACCAGUGGUGUUAUGUCAGCUGAACUGAAGUCUCGUGCUGUUGAAAAUGCAUGUGAAUUACAGCAUCAGGUCUCCCACUUUUUUGUUGGCUGCCCUCCAGGAAGGCACAUUGCUGUUAAGAUAUACGAUGGUGAUAUUUGUGUUAGAAAUGUUGAAGCAAAUUUUGUAUUAUGGGAGAUAAAAGGCAGAACUGAUAAUGGAUACAUUUCAUCCAUGAAAAAAAAUUACAGAUCCUGUUUUGAGCUUGAGAACAGUUCAAAGGAAGGACUGAAUGAGCAGUAUCAGAUUUUAAACAGCACUUCUCAAAACCACAUGGCUCGGCCUUUUAGUCAUGAUGCCACUUACGUGUUCAGAGUGAGGAUAUUAACUCGAAAUUACAGGUCAGAUGUUUCUAUGGCUAAGUUGUAUUCCUUCAUCACACUCAGCACCUUGUUGGUCUGCGCCACCUUCUGCUACAGAUACAGCCUCACUUGGAAGUCUGAAACACUGGGCAGAAGACCUAAAGGCCAGUAUCUCACUGAUACACUAACAAAGUAAAACUUUAAAUAGGAUGGUGUUUGGGACAAGUGAUACACUGUUUAUUAACAGAUGGUUUUGCAAGUACUUCUUAUAUCUCUAUAAUACUAUUUAAUGCAUUUAGUUUCAUAUACAGAGGGCAUGCCAGUCAACGCGUCAGAGCUCCUAUAGGAGCAGAGCUCUGGUGUGGCUAACAGUUUUUAAAAGACAUUUUCCAAGCCAAGCUAAGUUAAGCUGCAGCUGUGAGCCUCAUGCUUGAGUUGGCUUCACAUUAUGAUUUUCACUGACUCAACUAUGGUAUCAGCAUAAUUUUUCAGUGUGAAAUCUGAUAAAACAAUGCAGGCAAAGUUUCUGCUCUGUCAGAGGGCUGCAGCCAAUCAAGUUCUGAAAAGUGCUCAGCACAGUCCACAGAGGGAAUAUUGUGUGUUUCUGACGAUGUCUUUUGAUGCUACAUGUUUUACUUCUGCUGACAAAUGUUAAUUCUAUCUUAAAAAUAUUUGGAUCAUACUUCCUCUCAAGCUUAUUCACUUCUUCAGUAUAUAAAUGUUUGUUAUAUUAUUGUUGUAAAAGUUAUAGUUGGUUGCAGUAGUUACAUUUGUUAUAUCAAUAAGCAGUCAUGCUUGCAUCUAUUUUUAACACCAUCUGAAGCUGUUAAAAGUGUCAGGCUUCCAGCCUGAAUUUUCUUAUCAUCAAAUGAACAUACCUUGCAAAGCUUAUGCUCUUAAUGGCAAUUGUUUCAUUUCUCCAAAAUAAAUUAACACAACUCUAUUGAUAAAUAAAUGUUGAAAUUCUUA